AUGUUUAGCAUGGAAACAAGACGUGCACAAAUUCGUAAAACCAAAAGCAAUUCAUAUUCAACUGGAAUUUCUGAAUUUGACUCAACCAAUUACUCACCACAAAGGAAUGACAGACUUGAAAUGAAUAGUGUCAACAAUUAUAAUGAGCACUCCAACGACAAAAAUACAACUGUCAACGAUUCUGCAAGUUAUGGUUCAAAAAUUUUAAAUCUAAUCUUCUCCAGGGAUAUUUAUCCUACUUACGAGCCCACUUUUGCACCUCUUAAAGAUGCAUUGAGAAUUCAUCCUGGUGACAAAUCAAAUACUUCAUUAUAUUUUUCUUCUAAUUCCAACAUCACUAACCACUGGGAUCCAGAUACAGUUUUUUAUAACCCUGAUGGAAAUUAUAGCUUAGUAGAUGAAUGGGAGAAGGACCAGAUUAUUCUAGAAGACGAUGAAGUUGGCUACGGAAAUUCAAAUUAUAUGGCUGGUACAAUUCUUUUCAAUUAUUCUGAUCCUUUAUCAGGGAAUUUUUUAAGCUGCGGUUUGACCGAUAAAUGGAGCAAUAUUAUUAUAGGUGCUAACGGUGCCAAUACCCUUCUAAUGAGUAUACCCGCCGUUCCUAUUUUACCUCAAGUUUUAUGUAUCAGUAACCAGCCUAAUGAUAAUGACACUAAUGCAGUAGUUGCUCCUUCUGAUAUGUUAGAACCCUAUUUAGUGAGUAAUCCUGGAGACAAUUUUACAUUGUUUGGAGUGAACAACCAAACCCAAGAAAUUUAUGCCAGAAGUAUUUACUAUUAUGGUUUCAAAUAUCGCUAUUACUAUCUUUCAACGGAAGAAGAAUUUGCUAAUGACCCUUUAUACUUCUUAGAAAGCACCUUUAAUUCAUUUGAUCUUAACUUAUCUUCUACUAAUCAAAACGCUGUUUUCAACACUGAUAAUAAUAAAACAAGUCGUUAUGUUGGAAAUAAUGUCACUGAAUAUUUAGUAGCAUUUGGUGAACUCUAUUACUCCCAAAAUGUUAGUUUUGUUUUGACAUUCACCUUGGGGAAACAGCUUGAAGGAAACCUAUCUUCAUUUGGGGUAAUGCAUAAUAAGGUAGUACUUGGGUAUUAUAGAGAUUUGGACACUUUAACUGUUACUCAAUCUUUCUAUUAUACCAAGAAAUUUAUUUUUGAAUUUGAUUAUAACGACAAUAAAUCACGAGCAUCAAAAAUAAAUUCAAAACUUAUUGAACAAUGGGGCAUUCAUUUUGUACCAGUUGCCUCAAACAUCAAAGUAUCUACAUUUGUGUAUAGUGUGCUAAGUGAAGGUUUGGAUAUAACAGUCAAAGGUUACGAUCAAUUGGGGUUCUAUUACCCAGGAAGAGUUAGAUAUAAUGCAACUUCUAUUAUUAUUGCAAUUAUUUCUGUUUCUUUAGCAUCUUUGAUCUUGUUUUUCUUAACAAAACUUAUUCUCUAUAAAUGUCCUCAAGGUAUUCCAACAUACUAUGGUCUAUUGCAUGAAUAUUAUCAGAAUCAUUUCAAUAAUAGUCGACCAUAUGAUCCUAAAGUUGAACGCGAAUCUAUUUUUAAGAUCAUUGACAACGCUUAUGAAGGUGUCGGAUAUGACAGAAACAUGCAAAGAAAUCGAAUUGGAGUUCUAGAUGAGGCUACCAUUAGAACAGGGACUAGCAAAAAUGGUAUAGUUAAACGAAGAAUUAUUCAGUAA